CAAGUCCCUGUUGUACCACCGGGCUCGCCCUACUGUUGAUACACUUCCACCCAGUUUGUGCCGAUUAUUGGGCUUACACCCAGAACGCAAUAAAUUCACAAUGAUGUCUCGACCGUCACCCAGACUUAUACAGAGACAUCUUGCGCCUCUAUUUUCGCCUGUCAUGGUCUCCGCUCCCACCAUCCCGCAAUCGCAACCCUACAGACGAAAGCAUUCAGCAACAAACGCCCUCGUUGCUAGUGAAUCCCUAACCAAGCAGUUCCCAUCCUCUCGAACAGUUGCUCGCACGGAUCCAAAGCCAUCCAAUGCUGCCGAAUAUGUGCUCACCUCAUUCGACAAAGUCGUGAAUUGGGCUCGACAGGGGUCCCUAUGGCCCUUGAGUUUCGGGCUCGCCUGCUGUGCCAUCGAGAUGAUGCACGUAUCCAUGCCUCGCUACGACCAGGACCGACUGGGGAUCAUUUUUCGCGCCUCUCCUCGCCAGUCCGAUGUCAUGAUUGUCGCCGGGACCGUGACGAACAAAAUGGCGCCGGCUCUUCGGCAAUGCUAUGACCAGAUGCCGGAUCCAAGGUGGGUUAUCAGUAUGGGUAGCUGUGCCAAUGGUGGGGGAUAUUAUCAUUACAGCUAUAGUGUGGUGAGGGGUGUUGAUCGGAUCGUUCCGGUGGAUGUUUAUAUUCCUGGGUGUCCGCCGACGCCGGAGGCAUUUCUAUAUGGUAUAUUUCAGUUGCAGAAGAAGAUGAGGAGGACGAAGGUGACGAGGAUGUGGUAUCGGAAAUAG